UUGACCGACGAAAUUUUCGCUUUGCCUUUCAACCACAAUCAAUCUUCGUUCUCUUUCCUCUGCCCCGUCGUGCGCAAUUGAAAAAAUAUCCUCUUCAAUCCCUCAUCCAAUCAAGAGGACGAGCAAACUCUGCGAGCAGCACUCCACGCCCGCCAGAAGGUUAUAUACAUGUACCCGCGGACGUACCACAAUCAAGCGAAGAUAACGGGACGGACCACAUGGCUAUCCAAGUGGACGCUACCUUGGUGAUCAAACAGUACGUGCUCAGGAGAAGAACGUAACAUCACCAUCAUCAUGAUGGUAGCGGCGUCCCACGUCAACGACACCAACAGAACCUGCGCUUCUGCACUCUACAGUGAAAACAUCGUAAUCUGGGCAUCCAUUGUGCAGUGUUUCCUCGCUGUCCUGGCCGUCGUGGGGAACCUGCUCGUGAUCUACACAGUCACGAAAAUUCGCCGCCUACGCACGAUCACAAACUACUACGUCGUCAGCCUCGCUGCUGCAGACCUUCUGGUAGCGCUAAACGUCCCGUUCUACGAUUCCUUUUACUUCGUCUGGAAACUCGCCUGCAACAAAAAACUGUGUCUUCUGCGUUACUGGUUCGCAAACUUCGCGCAAGUGUGCUCCGCGCUAAGCCUAGUCGGCGUCUCGGCAGACCGCUAUGUUGCGAUCGUACACGGCAUCUCAUACAACCGAAUAAUGACCCUCAAGCUGGCCAUCGGUUACAUAACAUUCGUUUGGGUUUUCGUGUUCUUAUACUGCCAGCUGCCCUUCCUGGGCGUCGGUGACGACCACGACUACCCUUACGACCAUGACUAUGUGGUGUGCGACCUGGUAUACGUCUACUCCUCGGUUUAUAUAAUAACGACAUGUGCCGUUGUGUUGGUGACGGCGAUGAUUACUCUCGUGCUGUACAUUCUCAUAUUUCACGCCGCGUGGAAGCAGCUAAGACUGGUGGCGUCGAGGGAAGACGUCAGGCUCCGCGUGCGCCAAGAGGCACGGACAGCGUGCACGAUGGCUAUGGUUCUUGCUGUGUGUGUGUUGGGCUACGUUCCUUACUUCGUGCUUGUGGCGAUGUGUUUCGUGGUUGAGGACAAGACAGCGUUGACGCUGCAUGUAAAGCCUAUUGUGAUAUGCUUUUACUACGGAAAGUCUGCGCUAAAUCCCGUGAUUUAUGGGUGGAGAGCGAAGGAUUUUCGAUCGGCGUUUCGGCAGGUGUUGUUUAAAAAGAAGACCGACCGUUCAGUAGUGAAUUAAAGACUUGUGUACGCGUCCUCGUACAGAGUACGGCAUCUUCCAGCAGAACGGUCAACCACCGCUGCCAUGACUUCCAGUACAUGCUGGUCGCACAGCCAGCCAAAGAACGCACACGAAGCACGUCUGCACGCCCAGAGGAACAAAGAGAGGCUCCAGAGGAACAAAGCCCUGGCUUCCAAUGGGCCCGACCAACUUCACUGUCAGGGUCACCCGAAGACAACAUCUCAGCUUUGCAAACACGACAACAUCCUUGAACAACGCAUUGUCCAUCGCGGCGUCUAGAUACUGUCCCACUACGUUCGAGGGCUCAGUUCAUCCUAUGCGUGGCAUGAUGGGCGUCUAAAGAAAGGGGUCCUCCUGCCAGAAAGGACGACAUGGCGCCCCAA